AGGUCCAAAAAUGUCAUGGAGAUCUUCCCACAACCCCAAAUCCACAUGGACAAGCGACAGCAGAUGAAGGACGCGCUCCAGCUGUGCGUCGACGCGCACAAAGACGAGCUGCACAGUCUGAGCCGGGACAUCUGGACGCGACCCGAACUCGCCGGCGAUGAGACGCAUGCGCACGACAGGCUGGUCCGCUACUUCUCUCAGGACCAGACAUGGACGGUGGACUGUCACUACAAGCUACCGACCGCAUUCAGGGCCAGCUGGGGUCCGGUCGGCGGCGGCGGGGAGGGGGGCCCGGCUCUGAACGUGGGCUUCCUGUGCGAGUACGACGCGCUGCCGGGUAUCGGGCACGCGUGCGGGCACAACCUGAUAGCGGAAGUGGGAGUUGCCGCCGCCGUGGGGCUGAGAGCCGCUCUACAGGUCCACACUGAGCUCCCUGUCCCAGUGAAGAUAACCGUCCUGGGAACUCCUGCAGAGGAGGCCAUCGGAGGAAAGAUCGACCUGAUCAAUGCCGGAGCCUUCGCUGAUGUCGACCUCGUCUUCAUGGCUCAUCCAGCUCAGCAGGACGUGUCCUUCCUGCCCUGUGUCGCGCUCACUGAGGUGAUUGUGAAGUACCAUGGGAAGGCCUCUCAUGCUUCUGCAUACCCGUGGGAGGGAGUGAAUGCGCUGGAUGCUGCUGUGCUGGCCUAUAACAACCUCUCUGCUCUCAGGCAGCAGCUCAAACCAGAGUGGAGGCUUCACGGCAUCAUCAAACAUGGAGGGGUGAAGCCCAACAUUAUCCCUGCCUACACCGAGCUACAGUUUUAUUUGCGCACGCCGCAGAUUCGGGAUCUUUGCGACCUGAAGGCCAAGGCUGAGGCUUGCUUCAGGGCUGCUGCUGUUGCCACGGGCUGCCAAGUGGAGAUAAGCUACCCGGCCCAUGAUUACUACGACAUUGUGCCCAACUCUGCGCUGGCAAACCUGUACGAAAACAAUGGAAAAGAUUUGGGGCUUCAGUUCCCAGAGCAGCCAGCCAACUUCUCUGGUUCUACAGACUUUGGCAACGUAUCAUACGAGGUGCCAGGUAUCCAUCCUUUCUUCUAUAUCGGCACAGACGCGUUGAACCACACCGAGGAAUACACCGAAGCAGCAGGAGCUGAGAAGGCCCAGUUGUUCACCCUGAGGACAGCCAAAGCCCUGGCUAUGACAGCUGUGGACGUCGUGUGCUGCCCUGCUCUGCUACAGCAAGUGAGGGAGGACUUCAGGCUCGCCAAACUGAAGCUGGAGAAAUGACUAGCUCCAUGAAAACAAUGACUUCAUUAAUAAGAGUUGGAAGUGCUAGUGUUUCAAUAGCUAAUUAAUCAUCUGGUUGAAAACACCUUUACACUGGGGACACUGAUUAAUAUGUAUUAUUGUGUAUUAUUGGACUAAAUACUGUAGAAGUGCCUGAAAGCUGAAUCCUUUCUAAUGGCCAGUUAGACUCCACUGGUUUCAAAAAGAAAUCCAGUGAUAUGUAAGCUUAUGAGAAAUAAUUGCACUUCUUACUUGAUCAAUUACCUCAAUAAACAGUUUCCUAAUGAG